GCUCUGAGCUGCAACAUCAACAGCAGCCUUCAGUCUAGUAGCUUUACUGCUGCUGUUGCUGCUGCUGUGGAUCCUCCACGGAGCUGACACAGAGAGAGAGAACCAGGGCCGUGUUUCUGACUGCAUGCAGCCGGUUGAAGCGUCUUCCUCCCGGCUGUAUCUGAAGGGUGAAGCGGAGGCUCCAGAGGAGGUGACGCGCUCUGUCGCUGCUUGGCGCAGUCGGUGCGCUGCUCGCUGUCAAACGAGGACAAGCUUAAAAACCGGAAUUUACAUUAUUUAUUUAUUUUUAACGCUGAGGAAGCCUGGAUCGGUUUUCCAUCUUUUUUUUUUUUUUUUGGAUCAUUUUCCUGGGACAUUACAUGCCCGAGCCUAGAGCCUUGUCGACGGGGGAAAUGCAUCGCAGCGGGUGUUUGGCUGCAGGUGGAUGGCCAACCUGACGGUCCCGUUCAGCCGACAUAUAUCUAAUAAUACAGCCGAGCCAUGCUUCCAGGAGUCGGCGUGUUCGGCACCAGCCUGACAGCCCGAGUGAUCAUCCCGCUGCUGAAGAACGAGGGCUUCGCCGUCAAGGCGCUGUGGGGCCGGACGCAGGAGGAGGCGGAGGAGCUGGCCAAGGAGAUGAACGUGCCCUUCUACACCAACCGGAUCGACGACGUACUGCUGCAUCAGGACGUGGAUCUGGUCUGCAUCAACCUGCCGCCGCCUCUGACCAGGCAGAUCGCAGUCAAAACACUGGGUAUUGGAAAGAACGUCAUCUGCGACCGGACAGCAACGCCUCUGGAUGCCUUCCGAAUGAUGUCAGCAGCCCAGUACUACCCCAAAUUGCUGAGCAUUAUGGGGAAUGUGUUACGUUUCUUGCCGGCCUUCGUUCGAAUGAAGGAGCUGUUAGAGGAGGGGUACAUCGGGGAGCUUCUGGUCUGUGAGGCCCAGGUCCACAGCGGUAGUCUCCUGGGGAAGAAAUACAACUGGAGCUGUGACGACCUGAUGGGAGGCGGCGGUCUGCAUUCGGUGGGCAGUUACAUCAUCGACUUGCUUACGUUUCUCACCGGUCAGCGUGCGGCAAAAGUCCACGGCUUCCUCAAGACCUUCGUCAAACAAACGGAUCACAUCCGGGGCAUCCGUCAGAUCACCAGCGACGACUUCUGCACGUUCCAGAUGGCGCUGGAGGGGGGCGCCUGCUGCACUGUCACGCUCAACUUCAACGUGCCCGGAGAGUUUCGGCAGGAGGUGAUCGUCGUGGGGACGGUUGGAAGGUUGACGGUCACGGGGUGCGACCUGUACGGACAGAAGAACAGCGGAGGCGGAGGAAACGGCGGAGGUCCCGAACUCCUGCUCAAAGACACCACGCCUCUCGAGAAGGCUUCCUUACCGGAGAAGGCCUUCAGCGACAUCCCGUCCCCGUAUCUUACCGGAACGAUCCGCAUGAUCCAGGCGGUGCGGCAGGCCUUUGAGGACCAGGACGACAGGCGGACGUGGGACGGGAGGCCUCUGACAAUGGCCGCUACCUUUGAGGAUUGCCUUUAUGCUCUUUGCGUGGUGGAUACCAUCAAGAAGUCCAACCAGUGCGGAGAGUGGCAGAACAUUGUGGUGAUGACGGAGGAACCGGAGAUCAGCCCGGCCUAUUUGAUCAGCGAGGCCAUGCGGCGGAGUAGGAUGUCGCUCUACUGUUAACCUUAACUGAUGGUGGCACUGGAAAAGCCUCGGUGUUGGAACUUUAUUACAGCUUCGGGGUUCAGUUCCGAAAUUCGUCACCCGUUCGCUACUGUUACAGACAGAGAGGUUACACCACUAUGAUGCAGUUUCCUGAUACUAGGUAGAGGAAACACAAUGUGAUCAAUAAUCAAACCUUUAUUUAUAAAGAAGCCUUUCCUGUUUUUCCUUCUGACUAAAGACUUGAGUCCUUCCGGGGAGAUGCACUUGUAAAUUAGACUGAUUCAACAGAAAGAUCUACAGCGGAGGCGGAUCAGGGAGUGAAACUAAUGCUUCUGUGUUCUGCUUGACCAUAAGGGUAUUUGCGCCUCUCAUCUCUGCUUCUCUUCUAUAUGACCGGGUCUGGAAGACAACACCUUACACUGUGGGUCCAAAACGAGGACAGCCAAGGAAGAACGAUAGUCCUCUCAGUUCAAACUGUGCCGCUGUAUUGUUGCUGUAGUCUCAAGUACUUGCUAGUUUUACCAAGUGAAUGUUUAAAAAAAAGAAAAUCAGUAUGCUUGAUAGCUUCAGUCUCUGUCUGCUCGGUAUGCCUCCUCUGUGUGUGUGAAACAACAGAGAAAAGAAAUCAAUAGUUUGGCUGGUGGGUUUUUACCUUCUGGUUUAUGUAUGCAAUAAAUCCAGGCAGCAGAAACACUGUUAUCUUCCAGCCUGGAGUUAAGGGUUAAAACAUACUAUGGUAUGCCUUUAUGCAGUUACAGUAGCCCGUGCAUCAGUUUGCGAGUCCCGUAUGAGUGGCCAGUGCAGUGAUACUUUGAUGUUCUUCUUAUUUAUUUCAUGCAUUCUCUAUUGUCAUGAAGCAUGGCCAUGAAAUACACUGUGUGCACAUCUGUACCGAGCCUUAAGUGUGGAUAUUAAUGCAGUCUUGCACUAAAGGUGUGAGUGAAUGCUGAGCAGUGUGCGGGUUUUGUCCCGAUAUUGCAAUGCGAUGGGUCACACUUGCAUCUAGCUACCGCGAUUUAGCAUUUAGCAUGCUUUAUAAAGCUUCUCUAACAUGCAGGUUUGUCAGUAUGCAUCACAUGUGAGUUCAGUUUGGACCCACGCCGACAGUCAGACUGAAAACGUUUCUUUCAGUUUCCGUAAGAGGUGUUACUCUACGUUCCCGGGAUGAACAAGCUCUUUUUAUUCGUAUUGAAGGUAUAAACCUUUAAAGCUGCACCAAUCAAUAUUUCUUAUUUAACAAUGUGCCAGAUGACUGUGUUUAUUGUGAAAGGUGUCACUCGUAGUAAUGAACCCACAGAUAUUUAUCACCUGACUCUUCAGUCCCCCUCAACUCUACGUAGUUUUAGUAUCUUUCAGCUCAUUGUUUUGGUUUUAUGGGCCACAACUGUGCUGUUUUGGUUCACUCUCACAGCUCUCAUCAACCUUGUUUCCUAUCACAGCAGGCAGCUGUUUACAGCGGAAAAAGGUUUGAUACACCUAUGGUAUGCUACUUUAGGCCCAAUCAAAGAGAGUGUUUUUUUUGCAUUUUGCUGCCUCUUUUUAUUUUUUAUGUUGCUAGGCAACCACUGAAUGAGUGCUAACGUACCUUAUUACAAACCAUGAACAGCAAGCGACCCAAAUAGUCAAUAGAAUAGUUUAAAUUAAUGAAAACAACUUACCCAAAAUCUCAAGUACCGCACUAAUUUGUCUCCUGCUGUUUUCUGUUCAGAUCAUGAUAACUAUAGUUGGUAAAGUCAUAAAGCUCCGGGUAUCCAGCAAAAGUCACCACAAUGAGAAAAAAACGCUAAAGACUUCGGGAGCUGUUUAUUUUUUCAACUCAAGGCGUUCAGGGCGUUCCAUUAAAAAACGUGAGGCACUCAGCAACGCAAAAGCAGCGAGCAAAACGCUUCAAUCUCAUUGAAAACAAUUACAAAAAGCCGCCCCAGCCAGCUAAAACGCACUCUGUCUGAUCGGGGUCUUGCAGCACCAAAGAAAGAAAGACAGAAAAAAUUAGCGAUUUGAAAAACAAAGCUUUUACGUUACACGUUACUAACGCGUUAAAAACAGGUCAAAAAUAUAUAAUGUAAUUUUUAAAAAGACGGAUUCCCCAAAACAGCUGGACACUGUCAGUUUUAGCUCAUGUUAUCCUAACAGGAGUGAAUAGAGCAUUCUUUUGGGACAAGUUUUAGCUCUUGAGUAAUACACAUUUGGUACUCUAGUAAGAAACUAUAGAAUACCACCACCCUUAUCUUUCUAAGCAUAAUUUACAUGAGUGCAGCCGAGUGCAGAAUAUGUUAAUAAAGAGAGCCAAUGAAGAAGAAAAAUGAAAAGCAAGAUUGAGGGAUUUGACACAAGCAUGACAGUUUUUAAAUCAAAACGUGAUUCCAAUUGAAAGGGAUGCUUAGUGUGAUUUUAUGAUGCGUACAAAAUCACACCUGACUCUCACUGUGUUUGGAGCAUUUUUGCCACUAUCAGACACUGAAAAUCGUACUUCCCGUCAGUCACAAGGGAAAGCUCAAACAAACAUUCGGAGAGUAUUUGCAAAUACAGUUUGUCUUAAAGGAGCAGUGUGUAGCAUUUCUUAGUAGUAGUGUUAUUAUGGUAAGGAUGACCUCUCACUGCGGUUUUGCACUCAGUGGCUCACGUUACCGUAGUCUUGGAAAGGUACUCAGCUGGUUGCAAUCUGCAACCACACCACCUAGAUGGCACCAAAUCCUACACACUGUCCCUUUAAGGUUUGGUGGCACUCAAUACAGGUGAGAGAACUGCACCGACCUACAAGCCAAAAGAUUGAUUUUCUUUUUUUGAUGUCCCCCUUGUGUGGCUUCAAGUUCUUAAACUGUGCUGAAAUAUUAUCUAUGUAACGACUACUGAAAAUGUACAUAUGAAAAUAUUCUAAAACAACAAUAUGCGUUUGUCUAAAGAAAUAAAUGAUUACUGUAUGUAUUUUAUUUGUACAAACCAAGGAACUGGGACAUGUUUUUGAUGAGUGUUACGGUAUUUAUUCUUUGUUUUUUUUGCUGUUGACGUCUUGUGGGCUGACCUGCAGUGUAUUAGGGAGAUUAACAGCACACUGAGGCCUUGGAGCAUUCAGCUUCUUAUCCCCGUCUAUGAAUUAUUGACCAAAAUACUCUUUCUUUUAACGCUGUUACGAAAAGCUUUAUGGUUGCUGUUGAGAUGCAUCAUAAAUCAUCACAGUCAUAAUCCAACAUAACUGUCAUGCAGUGUAAACUGUGAUGUAAACAAAGUUGUAGCUGUUCACAGCUCCUAGUAUCUGACAUGUCUGACCCCUUUUUAUUGUUUAGCAUGUUGAUUUAAGCUACAUGUUUUAGGGAAAAAACACCUCUGCCUGACAAAGAGUCCAACACUGAUAAGCUAUCACUCUUUAAGAUAACUCCAGUUAUAUUAUUGCCCCUUGUGUACCAAGCGCCUUAUCAAAUCUGCAUAUAGACUUUCCCCCUUUGUCCGAUAGCAAUAUAUUCAUGAUUUGAAACUA